AUGCCUCACUCCAAGACCCCCGGCGGCCAGCAAGCAAGCGAGAAGCAUCUCAAGCAAGAGGCACAGAGCAAGCAGCACGGCCUCGGCGCAGACAAUGCCCCAGGUCACACCGAGGGCACGAAACCAAGCGACAAGCCCGUUUACUCCGACUCGACGACCUCGAACGUCGGGAUCGAUAACUCGAGCACGAAUGUACCGGGCGAGCCGGUCAAGGGUGGGCCGAGAGAUUCGUGA